AAGGAGAUUGUAAUUAUGAAUUUAAGGUGGUGGGAAUCGCAUUGGUUAUUAUUUAUAUCAUAGUUAUUAUUCUCGUGAUUCAUUUUGCCUUGGUCAUUGCUGCUUACGCUGCAAACCGUAGAGCUAAAGAAGAAAAUGCUUCUUCAGGACGUGAAGUUUCAGAAAGCAAUGUUUCUUCAGCGCAUGAAACUCCGACACCCGAUGUUACUGGGAAAAAAAUCUGA